CACCCCCCAAGCCCACUCCUUCCUCUUCCCCAUCCAAACCCACCACCAAGAACACAGCGCACCAACCGGUCCCAAAACCCCACGAGGAAUCAACCCCAAUUCGCCCUGCUCCCCCACAGAUCGCACCACCGGAGCGCGAUUGCGGCCAAUCCCACCCCCAAUACCCAUUCUCCCAGGCCGAGGCGCCGUUUCCUGGCCAGAAAAAUCAGCUCUUUGAUUGGGGAGCGGAGAUGGGGGAGGGGGUGAAGACGAUGCUGGCCCGGCCGAUCCAGCUGGCCGACGAGGUCGCCAAGCAGUGCGCCGCCGCCCGGAGCUUCCGCGCCGAGUGCGCCGAACUCAAGGCGCGCGCGGACAAGCUGCUGGCUCAGCUGCGGCAGGCGGCGCGGGCGCCGGACCUGUACGACCGCCCCGCGGCCCGGAUAAUGGCGGGGGCCACCACCGCGCUGUCCAGGGCCUCCGCCCUCGCGGCCCGGUGCGCGCGAGGUCACCCGCGGCUCCGCAGCCUCUUCACGCUCAGCCCUGCCGCCGGGUUCCCGCGGGCCGUUGCGGCGCUCGACACGGCGCUCGAGGACGUCGCGUGGCUGCUCCGCAUCUCCUCGCCCGGCGCCGCGGGGGACGGCGACGACGACUCGCUCCUCGGCCUCCCCAACAUCGCGCAGAACGAGCCCAUCCUCUUCUUCAUCUGGGACCACGUCGCGCGCCUGCACACGGGCUCCCCCGCUGCCCGCGCCGACUCAGCCGCCAACCUCGCGUCUCUCGCCCGCGACAGCCAGCACUUCGCCAAGCUCAUCAUCGAGGAGGACGGCGUGCCGCCGCUGCUCAAGCUGCUCAAGGACGGCACCGACGAAGGCCAGGAGGCCGCAGCGCGCGCGCUGGGGCUGCUGGGAUGCGAUGCCGAGAGUGUGGACAAGCUCGUGCAGGCCGGGGUGUGCUCCUCCUUCGCCGCUGCGCUCAAGGACCCGCCCAUGCGCGUGCAGGCUGCGGUAGCGGAGGCCAUCGCUAACCUCGCCGACCGGAGCUCCACGUGCCAGGACCUCUUUGCUCAGAACAACACUGUUCGCUACCUGGUUGGGCACCUUGCCUCCGGGACCAUCCAGGAGCACAGCAGGUACUCUGUUGGCUCCAACAGUUCCAAGAAAAGCACGGCUGCGCCGCAGCAGCCCAUGAAGUCGCUUCACUCUGUGGUGCUUGCCAAGACGCACAGCAUGCGCCACACCGGUGAUCGUGAUGCUGCAAGUCUCACUGAUGAGCCACCGUUGAUGUCCAACAGCUCACCAGGAGGUGAGCAAGACACGAAAAGGAACCCCCAUAUGCAGUCGGUGGUACACUCUGCUAUGUCUGCGAAAACAAACACGAACGGCUCAUUAGUUCCACCGUUCAGGCCUCAGCUUGGAACUAGUGGCUCCAGUGGCCGUGGUGCUCGUGAGGUGGAGGAUCCUGAGAUCAAGGCACAUUUGAAGGCCAUGGCGGCGAAAGCUUUGUGGAAGCUUGCUCAUAACCAUUUGGGGGUCUGCAAGAGUAUUACAGAGUCACGUGCGCUGUUGUGCUUUGCUGUUCUUCUUGAGAAAGGUGAUGGAGAUAUGGGCACCGAUGUACAAUUCUUCUCAGCAAUGGCAAUCAUGGAAAUUGCUCGUGUUGCUGAGCAUAGCCUUGUUCUGCGGCAGUCGGCUUUCAAACCCAGCUCCCCAGCAGCUAAGGCUGUGGUUGAUCAGCUACUCCGUGUGGUCCGCAAGGGUGAAUAUGAUGUGUUGCUCCUCCCAUGUAUCACCGCCCUUGGCUGCCUUGCACGCACCUUCACAGCAAGUGAGACCAGGGUCAUCGCCCCUCUUGUGCAGCUUCUUGAUGAGCGUGAGCCACCAGUCACCAAGGAGGCAGUGGUCGCACUCACUAAGUUUGCAUGCUCUGAGAACCACCUGCAUCUGAACCACUGCAAGGCCAUUGUUGAUGAUGGUGGUGCACGCCACCUUGUCCAGCUUGUCUACCUCGGUGACGAAAUUCAAAUUGAGGCACUGAUACUACUCUGUUACAUUGCACUGUAUGUGCCUGAGAGUGAGGAGCUUGCGCAGGCCAGUGUGCUGGCUGUGCUGCUCUGGGCAUCAAAGCAGGCUCACAUGGUGCAGGACACACGUGUCGAGGCGCUACUGCCAGAUGCCAAUGCGAGGCUGGAGCUGUUCCAGUCUAGGGCCUCCAGGUGAUAUUGGAAAUCGGAUAACUGGACAUGGGUUAGUAGUUAUUUGCUGCAAUGUGUAACUAGAGUAGAAUUAUUUCCAUUGUCCGCAAUUGCUCUUGUGAGGUAUAUUACAUUUUAUUCUGUACAUACAAUGCCAUCAAUUUGUCUCCGAAAUUGGUUGGGGGUUUUUGAAUUAUAAAUUCAAGAGACAUUGAACACAACAUAUUGUCCAUGGAUUUACUUUGU